AUGGUUAGAAACAUUGCUCUCCCUGUUUCAUCAUUGCCAACUAAUAUUUCUUCAUAUCUGAAUACCCUACAAAGAAAUUCUCCAUGUUUCAAGCCUCUUCCAAUUAGACACCAGACACACAUCAACAGAACAAGAGCUACAUCUGCCGAUGCAGGUCAUGGCCAAUUUGCAGAAGCAAAAGAUCCAGCUGCACCUUUGUUGAACAUUCCGCACGCUGUUUGGAGGCAAACAUUGAAGCCGUUAAGGGAUUUUGGUUUCAGUGAUAGGAACAUCUGGGAAGGUGGGGUUGGACUGUUUUUAGUGUCUGGUACUGUCCUAUUUGUUCUUAGUUUGGUCUGGUUGAGGGGCUUCCAAAUAAGAUCCAAAUUCAGGAAGUACACAGUGGUGUUUCUGUUUGCUCAAGCUUGUGGCAUAAGCAAAGGAACACCUGUGAGAAUCAGAGGGGCCACUGUUGGCAAUGUCAUUGGUGUUAAUCCUUCUUUGGAGACUAUUGAAGCAAUUGUUGAGGUUUCUUUCAAUUGCAAUAUCUUAUUACUCUAG